UGUAGCCUGAAGAUUCGGGGAUAAUCGGCGCUUGAUUUUAUUCGAUUAACAAAUCAUGGGGUUCCUGUUCAAAUUUAUCUCUGUAUCCAUCGUGUUAUGGAUUGUAUUCCUGUUUAUUGCCAAGUUAGUGUUGCGAAUCGUAACGCGAGCUAUGGGAGCAUCAAUUGCAUUUCGAUUCGCCGGAUGCAAUUGCUUGAGAGAUGUUGUUUUGAAGUUAAAUAAGGGCGCUGUCGAAUCCAUCUGUGUUGGAGAAAUCAGGCUGAGUUUGCGGAAAUCUUUGGUUACACUUGGGGCUUUCUUUGGUUCUGGUAAUCCAAAAUUGCAUUUCGUCAUAUGCAAUUUAGAAAUUGUAACCAGGUCUUCAGGAAAAAGCACUUCAAAACCCAGAACAAAAAAAUCUAGUGGCUCUGGUAAAGGAAAAGCCAAAAAAAUCAUGGUUUUGGCUAACAUGGCGAGGUUUUUGUCAAUUACUCUGAUUGAAUUUGGGUUAAAGACUCCAAAGGCAUCUUUAGAUAUUCAAGAACUGAGAGUGGAUAUAUCUAAAGUUGGGGGAUCUGAGCCAGGAGUGUUUGUAAAGAUGCUAAUAUUUCCUAUUAAAGUUUACCUGGGAAAAUCACAUGUGGCAGCCGGCCUGUCAGAAAAUGCCAGUGGAUCUUUCUCCAACCAGUUGACUGCUGGCGCUUGUUCUGCUUUCACCUGCGAAGAAUUUGCUCUCUUGUGCGAAUUUGGUCAUUGUAGGGAGGCAGGUUUGGUUGUUAGGAAUUUGGAUAUUACAACUGGGGAAAUCUGUGCAAACUUAAAUGAGGAAUUGCUGCUUAAAGAAAAGAGUUCGUCUGACACUUCUCAUCCUCCCUCUGAAGUUGUACCAGCAGCCAAUUCUGUGUCCACUAAAAAUCCAAAGGAAAAACAACCAUUAUCUGCUGUAAUGCUCAAGUACACAUCCAUGUUUCCAGAAAAGGCUUCCUUCAUUCUGCCUAAAAUUGGUGUGAAGUUCGCACAUCGAAGUUUUGGACUACUGUUUGAGAAUGACAUUAUAGGCAUCCAACUAAAGUGUAUGAAAUCUCGAGUUGUUGAAGAUAGUGGGGAAAGUAUAAAGCUUGGCGUUCAAUUGGAAUUUAGUGAAAUUCAUCUGCUUAGAGAGAUCGGCAUCCCUGUUGUGGAAAUACUGAAACUUGAUAUUGCCACCUCCGCUUGCAUACCUUUACAGCCUAACUCCCCUAUAAAAUCUGAAGUUAACGUGAAGCUUGGAGGGACACAGUGCAAUCUGGUUUUGCACAGGUUAGAACAAUGGAUGCGCAUCCGUCCACCUCCCAAACAAAAAAAGAAAGUUUUAGAAGAAAAUUCUUCCAAAGGGGAAUCAAAGUCAUCUGAACAGAAAGCAAUCAUGUGGACAUGCACUUUUUCAGCCCCAGAGAUUACAGUUGUGCUUUAUUGUUUGAGUGGUUCUCCCCUAAUAUGUGGUUGCUUGCAAUCUUCCCACUUGCACGCUGACAACAUCACUACUUCAGGUACGAAACUGCGAGCAGAACUUGGUGAACUGAACUUACAGAUGUCUGAAGAAUAUCAGGAGUCUUUGAAAGAAGAUUUGUAUAGCAUGGAAACAAAUAAUGAUUCACUACUGCACAUUAACAAGGUCAACUUGAAUUUGGGCAAAGGGGAUCCUGAUUCCAAUGAAGAUGCUUCAAAGAUGGUUCUUGGUGCUGGUGUUGCUGGAAUUGGUGUGUACUUGACCUUCAGGCGCAUUGAAUCACUUCUUUCAACUGCGCUAUCCCUAAAGAUCUUAAUGAAAAAAAUGUCUUCUUCAAGCAAGAAAUCACCUCAAAGUAAAGAAACUCGGUCAUCCAAACCAUCAGGAAAAGGGAUUCAGCUUUUGAGACUCAAUCUUGAAAAGUGCUCCUUAUAUAUAUGUGGAGAUACGGGCUUGGAUGAUUCAGUUAUUCCAGACCCCAAACGUGUGAAUUAUGGUUCCCAAGGUGGCAGGAUUUUAAUUACCAAUUCUGCAGAUGGAACGUUGCGCACUGCACACAUAAUGCCUACAGUAUCAGAUGAAUGCAAAAAGUUGAAGUAUUCUAUCUCUCUGGAUAUUUACAACUUCAAGCUUUGCACGAACAAGGAGAAAAGGUCCAUACAGGUGGAUCUAGAAAAUGCUAAAUCCACCUAUCAGGAAUAUCCAGAAGAUAAUAAUGCUGGAACAAAAGUGCCCUUGCUUGAUGUGCAGAAUGUAAAGUUUGUCAAACGAACUGGAGGUCUUAAGGAAAUUGAAGUCUGUUCUCUCUUCAGUGCCACAGAUAUAUCUCUUCGGUGGGAGCCUGAUAUGCAUAUUGCAUUAUUUGAACUAGGAUUGCGCAUGAAGUCAAUGAUGGCUAAACACAAGCCUCAGCAAAACAAUGAUGGGGAGAAAAUUCACACUGUAAAAGAUGAUCAACAGAAAAAGGAGGCAUCUUUAGAACCGGUGAAGUUAGAGAAACCAGUAAAGAAAAAAGAACCUGUUUUUGCUGUUGACGUGGAAAUGCUUAGUAUAUCUGCUGAGAUUGGAGAUGGGGUUGAAACAUUUAUCCAGGUUCAAUCCAUUUUUUCUGAGAAUGCUCGAAUCGGAAUACUUCUUGAGGGACUUUUGCUACAUCUAAAUGGAGCUAGAUUAUUUAGGAGCAGCAGGAUGCAAAUAUCUCGAGUCCCUAAUCCCUCUGGAAGUGUAUCAGAUGGGAAAUCUGAAAUGGUAACCAUUUGGGAUUGGGUAAUUCAAGCUCUUGAUGUGCAUAUUUGCUUGCCAUUUAGGUUGGAAUUGCGUGCAAUUGAUGAUGCUGUGGAAGAGAUGAUUAGAGUUCUGAAGCUGGUGAGUUCUGCUAAAACAAAAAAUAUUCUUCCUCCCAAGAAGGAGGUGUCCAGACCACCUAAAAAAUCUAGUUCAACAAAAUUUGGACGCAUAAAAGUUAGUGUACGUAAACUGAUUGCUGACAUUGAGGAAGAACCAAUACAGGGUUGGCUAGAUGAGCAUUACCGGCUUAUGAAGAAAGAAGCUCAUGAUUUAGCUGUUAGGUUAAGUUUUCUUGAUGACCUUAUAUCUGGGGGCAGCCAAAAUUCUGGUGCUGCUGAUCAAAAUGAUUCUUGUGAAGGGAAGGCACAAUAUAAUGGGGAGGAGAUUGAUUUUCAGGAUGCUUCAGCUGUUCAAAAAUUGCGAGAUGAAAUGUACAAAAAAUCAUUUGAGUCAUAUUACCAAGCUUGCCAGAGAAUUUUUACAUCAAAAGGAUCUGGUGCCUGUAAAGAAGGCUUCCAAUCUGGUUUCAAGCUUAGCACAACCAGAACUUCUCUUUUCACUGUUUAUGCUUCUGAGUUAGAUUGUAGUGUGACAAAAAUCGAAGGUGGUGAUGCUGGGAUGAUCGAGGUUCUUCAGAAACUGGAUCCAGUAUGCCGUGCCCAUAAUAUACCAUUUGCAAGACUAUAUGGGGGAAACAUCAAACUGCGUGCAAAUUCUAUAGUUGCUCAGAUAAGAGACUAUACAUAUCCAUUACUUGCCACCACUGAUGCUCGCUGCGAAGGACGUAUUGUGCUAGCUCAACAGGCAACUUGUUUCCAACCCCAAGUUCACCAAGAUGUUUACAUUGGAAGAUGGAGGAAAGUGGACAUUCUUCGCUCCGCCAGUGGCACAACUCCACCCAUGAAAACAUUUUUGGAUUUGCCUGUACAUUUCCAUAAGGGCGAGGUUUCUUUUGGUGUCAGUUAUGAACCACCCUUUGCUGAUCUCAGCUAUGCAUUUACUGUGGCUCUCCGUCGGGCCAAUUUAUGUGUUAGGAAUCCAAACCCACCAGUUCAACCUCCUAAAAAGGAAAAGAGCUUACCUUGGUGGGACGAAAUGAGAAACUACAUCCAUGGGCACACCACUUUGUAUUUUUCUAAGACAACAUGGCAUUUAUUUGCAACCACUGAUCCAUAUGAGAAAACAGAUAAACUAACUGUUGUUACUGGCUAUAUGGAGAUUCAGCAAUCAGAUGGUCAUGUUUAUGCUUCUGUUAAGGAUUUCAAGAUUUUUGCAAGUAGUUUAGAAAGAUUAUUGAAGAACAGCUUGUCGAAACAAGCUUCGGAAUUUUCUCCACCACCUUUCCUUGAAGUUCCAGCUUUCAAUCUUGAUGUUACAAUGGAAUGGGAUUGUGAAUCCGGAAGUCCACUUAACCACUAUUUAUUUGCACUCCCCAAUGAAGGUGUGCCUCGUGAUAAGGUCUUCGAUCCCUUUAGAUCCACUGCUCUUAUCCUGGGCUUUAAUAUCUACUUUGGGCAUUCUCCAUCCUCUGAUAGUUCCAAGUCACAAUCCUCUUCCCUUAAGGAUCAAGCUACUCAGGGUGAAGGUUCUACUAGACUGUCAGAAACAGACAGUAAGCUAAGUGAUUCCCCCCAAGUGAAUCUUGGCCCUCAUGAUGUAGCAUGGUUAAGCAAAUUUGUUAAUAUAAAUGUCAUCCCUCCUCAUAAAUUGAGAAUGUUUUCCAGGUUUAAGCGCAUUGGGAUUCCUCUAAUUCCCAGAUCUGGAAAUCUGUCACUAGAUAGGGUAAUGACAGAUAUCAUGAUUCGGCUUGAUGCAAUCCCAUUGUGGAUAAGGCACAUUCCUAUACAUGAGGAUGACCCGUCAAAGGGACUGACACUAAAGAUGACAAAGGUGUUGGUUGAGGUUUAUUUUGGAAGGGGUAAGCAAAAAUUUACAUUUGACUGUGAACGGGAUCCUCCUAAAGUUGUGUACAUGGGCCUUGACUUUAAUAUGCCAAAUGUAUACACGGAAAAAGAAGAUUGCACUACUAUUUCAAAUGUAAUUCAAACGACCGGCAAAAAUUCCCAGUCUGCACCUAUGGGACGGAACACAGCUGAUAAAAACAGCUUAGCCAAAACCAGCACUGAAAGGCCUAAGGAUGAUGGAUUUUUUUUAUCAUCCACUUAUGUAAGAAUCCGCAAGCAAUCCCCAAAGGCUGAUUCUGACAAGCUGCUGGAAUGGCAAGAAUCCGGUAAAAGAAAUCUAGAGAUGUUGAGAUCAGAAUUUGAAAAUGAGAGUGAAAGUAAUGAUCAGUCUAAGUCUGAUGAUCAGAGUGAUGAUGAUGCAUGUGAUGAGGUUAUUGCUGACGACUGUGGAAGGAUUUCUGUCUGUGGUCUGAAGCUUCUAUGGACACUUGAAAAUAGAGAUGCUGUUUUGUCUUGUGCACGCGCAAUGGCUAAGGCAGUCCAGUCAAAACCUUCUCCUUCUCGUGCAUAUGCUCAAAGAAAAUUGCGUGAGGAAAAUGCCCGUGUUAGCUCUGACACGGAGAAGAAUGAUAACCCUGAACUGCAGAAUAACGAUCCCCCUGAUACGCAGAAAAAUGAUAGCCCCGACAUGGGAAAAAAGGAUCAACCUGACACGCAGAAAAAAGAUAGCCCCGAAAAUGAGAAGAAAGAUGACCAAAAAGAUCCUGUCAUUGAAAGUACAAGUUCUUCCCAGAGCACUGAGAAUUCAAAACCAGUCUCUUCUCAAUCUACUCAAUCUAGUUCAGGGACUGGAGCUAAUCCUUUCCCUACUGCAAUUUCAAAAUCUACUAAAACUGAAGAGUCUGAGGAGGAAGGCACGCGCAAUUUUAUGGUGAAUGUUAUAGAGCCGCAAUUCAAUCUUCACUCAGAAGACGCUAAUGGUAGAUUCUUACUUGCUGCUUCAAGUGGCCGUGUUUUAGCUCGAUCAUUCCAUUCCGUUCUUCAAGUUGGACAUGAGAUGAUUGAACAAGCACUUGGUGGAGAAAAUAUACAAGUUCCUGAUACACAGCCUGCAAUGGCAUGGAACCGUAGGGAACUCACUGUGAUGUUGGAGCAUGUGCAAGCUCAUGUAGCCCCAACUGAUGUGGACCCUGGUGCUGGAAUACAGUGGCUUCCGAAAAUUCGUCGGGGCUCACCAAAAGUGAAGCGUACUGGAGCUUUACUAGAAAGGGUGUUUAUGCCCUGUGACAUGUACUUUCAGUUCACAAGGCACAAUGGGGCAAUAUCUGAUGUAAAGGUGAAACCGCUGAAAGAGCUUGCAUUCAAUUCUCAUAAUAUAACGGCUUCAAUGACAUCUAGACAAUUUCAAGUUAUGCUUGAUGUUUUGACCAAUCUUCUAUUUGCUCGAACUCCUAAGCCACGAACAAACAGUCUGACAUAUUCAACCGAAGAUGAUGAAGAUGAGGAGGAGGAGGCAGAUGAAGUGGUUCCUGAUGGUAUUGAAGAAGUUGAACUAGAAAAAAUUAAUGUGGAACAGAAAGAGAGGAUACGGCAAUUGAUCAUCAAUGAUAUAAAGAAAUUUUCUGUGCGGAUUGAUAUGUCUGGAGAGCCAAAUCAAGAGACAGAAAUGGAUCUUUGGAUGAUAAAUUGUGGAAUGUCAACAUUGGUGCAAAAAUUGAAACUAGAACUCUCAAGUGCACAAAAGUCCAGAAAGGCUGCAUCAGCUUCAUUAAGAACAGCUUUGCAAAAAGCGGCACAAGUACGGCUAAUGGAAAAGGAAAAAAAUAAAACUCCUUCAUGUGCUAUGCAUGUCUCUUUUCAAAUUAAUAAAGUGGUCUUGAGCAUGCUUGUUGACGGGAAAUCUUUUGCUGAAACUGAGAUAAAUGACCUGAUCUACGAUUUUGACAGAGACUAUAAAGAUAUUGGUGUUGCUAAGUUCACUAUAAAGUUCUUCGUUAUAAGAAACUGUCUUCCCAAUGCCAAGUCUGACAGCCUCCUGGCUCCUUGGAACCCUCCUUCUGAAUGGGGAAAAAAAGUGAUGCUUCGUGUGGAUUCCAAACAAGGGCCCCCGAAAGAGGGACGCUCUACUAUUGAAUUAUUUCAGGUGGAGAUUUACCCUUUGAAAAUACACUUGGCUGAAUCUUUCUACAAGGUGAUGUGGCAAUAUUUCUUUCCCGAAGAGCAACAGGAUUCGCAAAGGCGUCAGGAAGUAUGGAAAGUUUCAACUACAGCAGGGGCAAGACGCGUGAAGAAAGGCCCGACACCUCAGGAAGGAUCUCCAUCUGUCAGUCAAACAACAAAAGAUGCUGAAACAUCGGAAUCUUCUCAAACGUCAAAGCAUCAUAAAACAGGCAGUACUGGCGGUUCGAAGCCUGGGUUAAGAAGAACCUCCUCCUUUGAUAAAACAUGGGAAGAAAGUGUAGCAGAAUCGGUGGCUAAUGAACUCGUAAUGGAAAUGGAGCAAGAAGACAUUGCUCAAAAUAAACUAAAAGAUAUGAAACAAGUAAAAACAGGUCGCUCUGCUCAGGAGGAGAAGAAAGCCGGAAAAGUAGUACAAGAUACUAAGAGUACACAACCUCGAAGGUUGAGGGAGUUUCGCAAUAUCAAGAUUAGUCAGGUUGAGCUGCUACUCACCUAUGAAGGAUCAAGAUUUGCAGUAAGCGACGUAAGGCUGCUGAUGGACACAUUCCACCGCGCUGAGUUCACUGGAACCUGGAGCAGAUUGUUCUCGCGAGUAAAGAAGCAUAUAAUUUGGGGGGUUUUGAAGUCUAUGACAGGGAUGCAGGGGAAGAAGUUUAAAGACAAGUCGACGAUUUCUGUUCCGGAGGGUCUCACCCUCAGUGAUAGUGACGGAGGCACGUCCGAGAAAACUGAUCAGAGCCAAGUCUUCCUGCCAAAGCGUACCGAUGGCGCCGGAGAUGGCUUCGUCACCUCUGUGAGGGGGCUUUUCAGUAAUCAGCGCCGCAAGGCUAAGGCUUUUGUACUGCGGACGAUGAGGGGCGAAGCAGAGAACGAGGCACACGGGGAAUGGAGUGAAGGUGAAGCAGAACUUUCGCCAUUUGCCCGACAGCUCAGUGUCUCAAAAGCUAAACGGCUAAUCAGACGCCAUACCAAAAAUUUACGCGGUCGACAGAAAGGUUUGUCGUUCGAUCUGAAAGAUUCGAAUCCUGAAUCUCCCACGGAGAUGACUUCCUUCGAUAGUGACUCUUCAAGUGAAUCUUCGCCUUAUGCUGAACACGAAGACGGUUCCAAGGAAUCGUGACCUUUCAAAUGUUGGCGAGAAACCAAAUGCAGCAUCGAGAACUCGCCCGACAGGU